CACCGAGCUGUUUUCGACCCUGCACUGCUCGGCACCGGGCGAUCCGUUGGGGGCCAUGGGCGCGGCGCCGUCGCUGCGGGUCUGGGGAGCUUGGACGUGGCUCCUCCUCUCGCUGCUCGCGCGGAACACGACGUCGGAGGUGCCGGACGAGGAGUAUCAAGCCUGGGCAGCCGAGGUCUUUCAGCCCAGUGACCAGGAUGCCAUUGAACGGGGACGCGCGUUGAGCUGUGUGCUCUGUAACUUGCUCACCAAGACGGUGCUCGACACGCAUCGGUUGAACAAGAAGAAACCCUUGCAUGAGAGGUUCGAUCAGGACCAGACCCAAGAAGUUCUCAUCGACUUUUGUUCCGACUUGGCCAAGCCCAUCGCCAGGCAGAUGGACGUGAUUGAGAAGGAUGUGUUGAUGGUUUGCAAUCGGGUGGUGAAGGAGAACGUGGGAGAUAUGAUGGAUGUUUCGAGUGUCGAGCUCCCCUUGAAGGCUCGGUGUGGCCCGUCGGGCCGAGGCGGUGUCUUUGGGCGAGGAGGUGGAAGACUUCUGCGGCGAGCAGAAGCUCUGCGACCUGUCCUUCCGAGGUAUGGAGAAGAUGCGAAAGAUGAUGUUGGAACUGGGGAUGAAGGGCAAGAAGGAUCAAGAGCUUUAGAUGCCUACGGGUUUUUGCUGGCCCAUGCUGAACUCGAAAAUGAAGAGCUGAGCUUCUGGGGCAACGUGAGGGGGGGCAGCGCAGCUGGCCUUCCUUCGGCAGGGAGGGAGCGUCCACGUCUCGCCCUCCGCUUUCUUCGAGAAGAACACGCUCCGACCAUCCUCAGCCGUCCGGACCGUCCGGGGACCCGUCGUGGUCGUGGCCGAGCCGAGCCAUGACCCGUCUCACCGUGAGCGGUUCCUGCGGGGUUCGUGAGGAGAAAAG